AUGCAACUGCAGACAGACCAGAUCCAGGUGUCACUGGCGGUGAAGACCGCACUUUCAAACGGUAUGGUGUUGCUUGUAAACACGGAAAAACGCCGACUGGCAGUUAGUUUAAAAGACGGUUCGUUUCAGGUGUCUAUGAUGACCUCGGCCGUCAGCGGUUUAUCCGAAGCGUAUCUUUUAGACAGUCCCCAUGCGCUGAACGACUUGUCUUGGCAUCAGGUCAUCAUCGAUUGCGACCAGGACGAAUGCUAUGCGUCGAUUGACGGCGCCCAGACCUCCGUUAUCAAGACCGUCGUUGCCGGAUAUUGGGCAGCGACCGAAAAUCGCGGUAUCUACAUCGGUGGUGGUGGUGGACUAACAGGCAGUCAUGAUGAGGCUAUGACGAAUUUUCGUGGCUGCAUCGCAAAUCUGACGCUCAAUAAGCGUGAUCUUUUGAGCGAAGUUAAUUAUUCAGCAGAAGCUACCUCAACAAAGUAA